AUGUAUCAGGGGCUCAUGGAGUAUCGAAAUCAGACAACCGACCACCCAACACAAGUGUGGCUCGACGACUGGAAAGCACGAACGACUGGAAAGCACGAACGACUAGCCUAUCAGAGAGGAGAGGGACGUCUAUUCCGUCUCAUGCGGGAAUUGCCAUGGCCUCAAGUAGAGGUGGUGCUCUUUGGCAAUUUUAAUUGUGUCCAGAGUCCCCAUCUCGACAGAUUGGGAGGUUUGCGGUCGGGACGUCCCGAAAGCCCGGAGUUAGAGAGUUUACUUCAAGCUUUAGGACUCGAAGACGCUCAGACUUUGGCGGCAUCGGCAAUGGAGGACGAAGUACCGGAGCCGGUAGAUUACUACACAUUUUGGAAUGCACGGUCGUCCAGAAGGAUUGAUCGAUUCUAUGUAGGCAGCUUGUGGAAGCGGUCGUCCAGAAGGUUCAAGUACAACUGUCUGUGUUUCAUUUUGACCAUCAAAUAA